UGGGACGAUCAUCGGUGACAAUUGCGUGAGUCCAGCCCGUACGACAUAACGAGAGGGGUGGCGAAGAUGAACGUCCGGGGCCAAGACAUGCUCAUGGACUGCGAUGGCGGGGGGGGCGAGGAUUGCACGGCAGACGACGACGACAAUGACAACGGGGAGGACGAUGAUGGCGAGAUGGAGAUUCGUUCGCUUGGGAGGAAGCGGGGAGGUACUCGGGCCACAAACAAGUCAACGGAACCGCGUGCGGGGCGGAAAUGCAAGAAGGUUGUGGAUGACACGUCCACAGGCGACGGAGGGAAAAGCAGGGAUUUUUGGACCGUCGAUCAUAUGAUCGCUCUGGUCCGGGCAAAAAGCGACCAGGAUUUGCAUCCCGUAGGGUUGGGGCACAACUAUGGACGGAUGAAGUCGAGGACGUGGAAGUGGGAUGACGUUGAAAAGAGGCUCGUGAAGGUGGGGGUGACUACUAGGAAGGUUGAGGAAUGCAGAAAAAAAUGGGACAACCUGUACCAACAGUUCAAAUCCGUGCACAAAUUCAUGGGACAAUCCGGGACGCAAAAUUUCUUCACACUAACGCCCACGGAGAGGAAGGAGAAAGGGUCCGACUUUCAGAUGGAUGAGCAUGUGUAUUCCGAGAUGAACGCGAUGUCGAAGGCCGAUCACACUAUUGGCCCGACAAAUCUCGCGGACACGGGUGCGGCUGGAGGGGUUCAGAUGGCCGGGCCAGGUGGCGGCCUGAACGAAUCCGUGGCUAGCGAGGGAUGUGGGGGCAGACAGGACAAUGAUCAGGGAUCGACGAGAGAUUCGACGUUCAGCGGUGGUAGUGCUGGCGGGGGCGGCAAAAGGAAGAAUGUCAGACAACAGACCUUCGAUGCGAUCUCCGACAUCAUGGAUAAGCACGGUAAGUUGAUGGUGACGGUGGACAGCGCGAGCAAGAGGCAGUGUUCAGUUCUAACGAGGCAAUGCGACAUUCUCGAGUGAGAGGUGGAGGUGCAGAAGGAGCACUACGAGAAGUCCGACCAGGCGAACCUGAUGAUGUGCAACGCCCUUUUGGAGAU